GCGUCCAACCCGCGGUGCGUGUGGGCGGCGGGCGGUGUGGGCGCGGCGUGUGCGGCAGGCUGGGCUGCACCGCAGCGCAUACACUACAAUGGCUGCUGGAAAGACGGGAAAGCAAACAAUUUCCAGGCCCGCCGCGUCCAGCCCGAAAUAUGGGGAAAAAAUUACAGAAAAAUCGGAGAACACUGUAAAGGGUGGAAACGGGGCGCAGAGGGGAUGCUGAGGCUCCCGCGGAUGGAUAGGUACGGGUCGCUGCCCACAUAAAUGAAAGCACACGUGGACCUGGCCUUGGGGAUGAAUCAAAGGAUGUAGCAGAAGACAAACACAACAGAAUUCUUGAUCAGUGCCCUUGUACGUGCGCUGGACUGUGGUGUUGCAAGUGAUAUUGCUGCUGAAUCCAGGAGUGAUUUAUAUUCCGCCCCCUCCCUGGGAUGCUGCACAGUGCUGUAGCUGAGGCCCAAGGUAACAGGUUAAAAAUCCAGCAAAUAGAGGUCAGUAGCAUCACCUAUGGCAUAGUGUCCAGCUGGGCCUGGGCCUGUUGCAAGCACUGUGACUCAUCAGACGUGAACAAUACCCAAGAAACGGCUACAGAAUCCUGCAGAGGCUGGAGGAGGAAGCUGAUCUGCACAUAAAAAAGCUGCAGCCCAUGUGAAGAGGGGAAUUAUUAGCUAAAAGAUAGCCAUCAGAGUUCAGAAGAUAAACGAAAGGUGGAUCUGAACCUUGAAAUUAUCAGCUCAGCUCAGCAGGAGGUUGCAAAGGCAGAGUGGUGAAAGGAGGGUUUCCUGGAGAACUCCCAGAAGAUUGAAAUGGAUUAUACGAUUCUGGAAGGGGACAAGAAACAGGCAAUGCAAAGACCAGUAAAAAUGGGAAGUACUGGAUUCUGGUUUCCUCCAAGAAGAGUCAGCGGAACUGGUUAAGACCAAAAUCUGAGGACUUUAGUGGGCAAACAUCAGUCCCCUUUUGCUUUCUUUUACGACCACAUGAAACUUGAGAAGCCAUCUAAAGCUAAAUCAUUUAGUGGAGUUGGGCAAUUCCCAAGUGUCCAACAAGAAGGCCUGGUUUAGGCUGCGAUGGCCACUGUCAUUCCUGGUGAUUUGUCAGAAGUAAGAGAUACCCAGAAAGUCCCUUCAGGGAAACGUAAGCGUGGUGAAACCAAACCAAGAAAAAACUUUCCUUGCCAACUGUGUGACAAGGCCUUUAACAGUGUUGAGAAAUUAAAGGUUCACUCAUACUCUCACACAGGAGAGAGGCCCUACAAGUGCACACAACAAGACUGCACCAAGGCCUUUGUUUCUAAGUACAAAUUACUAAGGCAUAUGGCUACUCAUUCUCCUGAGAAAACCCACAAGUGUAAUUAUUGUGAGAAAAUGUUUCACCGAAAAGAUCACCUAAAGAAUCACCUACAUACACACAAUCCCAACAAAGAGGCCUUUAAGUGUGAAGAAUGUGGAAAGAACUACAAUACCAAGCUUGGGUUCAAACGUCACCUGGCUUUGCAUGCUGCAACAAGCGGUGACCUCACCUGUAAGGUAUGUUUGCAGACUUUUGAAAGCACAGGAGUGCUGCUGGAGCACCUAAAAACUCACGCAGGCAAGUCAUCGGGUGGAGUGAAGGAGAAAAAACACCAGUGUGAACACUGUGAUCGUCGGUUCUACACCCGAAAGGAUGUCCGUAGACACAUGGUAGUGCACACUGGAAGAAAGGACUUCCUCUGUCAGUACUGUGCACAGAGAUUUGGGCGGAAGGAUCACCUCACGCGUCACAUGAAGAAAAGUCACAACCAAGAACUUUUGAAGGUCAAAACAGAGCCAAUGGACCUUCUAGAUCCCUUUACCUGCAAUGUUUCUGUGCCUAUUAAGGAUGAGCUGCUUCCAGUGAUGUCUUUACCUUCCAGUGAACUGACAUCAAAGCCAUUUACAAACACUUUGCAAUUAAAUCUCUACAACACUCAGAUUCAGUCCAUGCAGAGUUCUGCAUCUGCACACCAAAUGGUUGCCACAUCGUUACCAUUGGGAAUGCCUUGUCCAAUAGAUAUGGAGUCUGUCCACCCUCCUCACCAGCUAUCGUUGAAAUAUCCGCUCGGUACUACCUCAUACGCAAUUUCUAUGCCUGAAAAAGAACAGCCAUUGAAAGGGGAAAUCGAAAGUUACUUAAUGGAGUUGCAAAGUGGUAUGCCUUCUUCAUCCCAGGAUUCUCAAGCAUCUUCAUCAAAACUAGGGCUGGAUCCACAAGUAGGGCCACUAGAUGAUGGGUCUGGGGAGGUUUCCCUUUCCAAGGGCUCCGUUCCUAUUAGCGAACCUCUAAACACCCCAUCAUUGGACUUUUCUCAGCUGUUCAACUUCAUACCUGUAAAUGGCCCUCCCUAUAAUCCUUCCGUUUCAGUGGGGAACCUCGGAAUGAGUUAUACGCAAGAGGAGGCACAUUCUUCUAUGACUCAACUUCCACCACAAACCCAGGAUCCACAAGAUCCUAGCAAUAGUAUAGGUCUUGGGUCUCUGCACUCGUUGUCAGCAGCUUUCACAAGCAGUCUAAGCACAACCACCACCCUACCACGAUUUCAUCAAGCUUUCCAAUAGGAUGUACAAAGCUGGCUUGUUACUGUCUAUUUGUAGAAAUGCCUUAGGUGACCAUUUUUAACUUAGUGCCUACUAUAAGACAUUAUAAAUCCUCUGCUUUUGUACAGUACCAAUCUCAUGAAGCCAGUAAGAAAUUUAAAUUAACUUUUUAAAAAUGUUUUGAAAGUGUUUAUUCUCAGCUGUGUUUACUUUGUUGGGGUUUUUUUUUAAGCAGUCUCAUUGUAUUGUUUUCAUUUUCACUGCCAAUUGACACAUUGAAAAUGUUCAGUAGAAAGUCAUCCCAAGCAAACUCUCAGCACUCAUCCCUUUUUUAUAACUUUUUCAACCAUACCAGCUAUUCUGUUUUAUUGAUGUCAGUGGUAGAGCUACCACCAGUUUACCUUUUAAUAUCUAUUUUACUAUUUGCAAAGAAUCCAGCUAAAAUAUGUAUCACAAAGAUUCCUAAAGAUCUGGGGGAAAAAUAUAUAUCUCCAGUCCAUUUCCAAACAAAUCCUCUUCCCAAAUGGUGUCACUUCUGAUCUGUUCUAUAAUGACAAAUCUAAAUUUUUUAAAUAAAUAGAGAAUUCAGAUUUUUCUGAAAACUUGUGUGUGUAUAUAUAGAAGUCCAUAUAUACACAUGUACAUAUAUAUAGCAUUUGACUUGUAUUAAAGUCAUUAUAAAAGGUGUUAAGAAUUUUGCCAUUUUCUGGCUUAAAUUUUUGUGGCCUGUUACAGAUAACAGAUGAAAAACAAAAGAAAUUAGUUUAAUUCUCUAAAAUCAUGGCUGAACAGAAUUUCAACGGAGAAUCUCUGCUUGCCUGAAUGACAAAUGUUUCAAGUUGAAUUUGGAACUGUGGUGUUGUGCUUUCAUGACUCUGGUAUAGGGAAACAGGCGAAAUUAAUGGCUGAUCUUGAAAUAUAAAAGUGUUGUAAUGUAGUAAUGCAGACUAUUUUGUCGCAGUUUUUGUUUUAAUUCUUGCUGUUUUUUUCUCUUUAGUAGUAUAGAAAGAGUACUGCAUAGGAAUCUUCCAGUAGUGUAUUCACAUUUGUAGGCAUCAGCCUUCUCCCAGCUGCCACCGCCAAAGGGUGGUUCAAGUCCAGCCAGAAAGUGUGUAUCUAUUUUCAGUUCAAAACUAGCGUGCAGUCAGAGAGUGAAUGUAAAUUUGCAAAUACCGGGUUUUGGUUUUGUUUUGCCUUUUUUUUUUUCUUUUUAUUGGAAUGAUCUUUUCAGUUGUGUUACAUGGUGUGUUAUGUCCUCCUAAGCAACAAGUUAGAUGUUAAUCACACUUUCUACACCUGGGUACUUGGUUAGGGACUUUUUGCCCAUUGCCAAGGUUUAAAGACAGGACUCUUAGGAGUGAAGUAAAAGCAUAUUGCUUACACCACUUUUACCUAAUGCAAUAUAUUCUAUUCCCCAACCCCUAAUAACCAAAAGAUAAAAAAAAAAAAAAAAAAACAAACAACCCUGUGAUGCAUGAAAGCAAACUAGAUUUGCUGUACUUCAACAGUAACAUUCUUUUCCUUGUCAUUUUUGUACAAGGAAUUAAAAAAUAGAAAUCAAGUACAUUAGUAUCUCUCAAACCAUAAUGAGGAUUUGUACAAGGUUUUAAGUGGUUAAACUAAAUAUACUUCACAGAAACAAAAGUUGCUCCCAUUUAAGGAGCUCAUGCUCCGGAUGUUUUAUCAGUAGCUCCUACUUUUUUUUUGUAAUUCUAGGAGCAAUAUGCAGGUGUAGUUUUACUAUUUUAUACAUAUGUGUAUUUAAAUUUUAUUACUGAAAGAUAACAUUUUUAUAAAUGUGUUUGUGUUCCAAAGGCAUUAAAAUAAGGAUGUAUUAAUAAGGAAAAUACCUUUUGAAAUUCUGCAAACUACUCCUAGAUUUUGGGUUUAGGAGCACGUUAUCUCAAAGUGGGCUUUUAGCUCUGCUUCAUGACUGCUUCCUCUGGUUUCUGUGAAACAGAUUGCUCGCUUACUUACAUCUUUAGUUGAAUGAUUUGUUCAAUAUUGCUUCUUUUCUCUUUCACCUUUCUAAAGGAAAGAAAAACACAGAUGAACAGAGCACAAGGUGAAUGCAACCGAAUGUAACUCUAGUUUAAAUCGGCAACCAUAACGCAGCUAGGAAGAACUCGGGUUUAUUCUCAAUCCUUUAAAUCAAUCUGAGAUGAAGAUAAAUGGACUUAAUUCCUCCAGUGGGUUGGAAAGUUCGGAGUGCUCAGCAUCCUGCAGCCAGCCCAGCAGUGUGGCUGUGCAGCCUCAGGCACACAAAUUCCCAAUCCAUAGCAGCUGUUUAUCAGGCUCAGUUGCCGAUUAGACUUCAUUUACAAAAAGAAACCCCAAACAGACACGUUGCCAACACCCGCUUCUUAGCGCGUAGCCAGAAUCCUUACUACUUUGUUUGUGCCUUAGCUUCCUGAAAAGGGAUUGACAUUUCACUUUGGAGUUAGAUGUACAUUUCACUUUAGAAAUAGGGACCUCAGACAAGAUAUUGAACCUCAUUCAGUCAGGGUUUCAGUCAGUGGCUGCACCGAGGGUGUUUGCCACUGGACUAGGAUGUACGGUAACGUGGAAGCAGACUGACACUGUAAGCAAUACUACCACCACCGGAGUGCUUUUGAGUAUCACUUAGGCGGAGUCACUAUUGGCCACUACUAAACCAUCAGUUUUCAAACCCUGUCUUCUCGAUUUCAGAUGGAUUCUCGGCGGGAGGGGGGAGGGCUGGCUGAUCAUGCACCACUCUUCGUGCAACUUCUAGACUUGUAGUAAGGUUUUUUGUUUUGUUGUUUUGGGUUUUGUUUCUUUUUUUUUUUUUUUAAUAUAUAUAUUUUUGUGUACUUGUUGCUUGUGCUUUAUUUAGUAGUAAAUUGUGGAAUAGAGUGAUUUAUUGUUAAUUUGGCAGUAGCGGUUUUUAAAAACCAUAUACUGACUGAAACAUGAGCCAGAGCUGAUUGCUUUAUUAAGCUAAUAAUGAAUGUUAAGAGUACAUAUUUUCAGGAUCAUUUGCCUAGUGAGCUAAACUUGUAUUAUAGGCCAAUAUUUUUUAAAAUAAAGCUUGGUCAACCUCUAUGUUACACAUAUUACAAGAUAUAGCACUUUCAAAAAGAAAACCUAAACCUUUUAAGAAAAUUUCUUACAGGUUAUGCUUUUUAUUAUAAAACCUUUUAUUAUAAUUUGUUUCAAGUGCCAUUAGAUUACAUAUAUGUAGGCCUUUGGUAUAAUGCUUUGUGUACAAAAUGGUAGACAUUGUAAUUUUAAACAGGUACAUUUUUACAGUGUUUUCUUAUCAAUUUGCUAUAUUGCACAGAACCAGUGUGUCUUUCUUAAGGGUUUUACAAUGGUUUUUACUAGGUUUACAUGUUUCAAACUACACUGUCUUCUACUGCCAUUUUGAAUACCAGUCAAAAAAAAUAGAGGAGUUUGUCCUCACCAAAUGCAAACUGUGUCCUCUGGAGUUCUGGAUGGUAAACUAUGGCAAAAAUGUUUAACAUGCAGUAUUUCAUACAGAUUUUUUUUAUCAUAUCCUAUCAUCGCUAUUGCUGCUGUCUGAAGUUGACUUAGGGCCUGAUCCUGCAUCCGUAAAGGUCAAGGGGAGCAGGAUUGCAUCCUUCGUUAUGUCUGUCUCAUACACUGGUUUAGCAGCUCACCCUGUAUUCUUCUCGCUCUACAGAUAAGCCUCCAAAAUAAAUGUACUUAUCUAGCAUGUAGUAAACCGCAUAGGCUUCGCUGCCCAUCCUGCAUCCUCCCAGUGUACAGUUAAAGCCACAGCCUAUUUAGCAUCACACUCAACGUACAAAUAAUGCCACAGUAGUUCAAAAUGUGUUUGGAUAGUCCCAAAGCUUUUAUGCAGUAAGGGUGUCUUACUUUUGUUGGAAGGCAGUGUCUUUUGAUAACAGUUAUCUAGCCCUGGAAGUGACACAGAACUAUUGCUAAUCAUAUGUAAACACUUUUCAGUAUAAGCUUCAGUGGUACAGUUGAACCAGAGUGAAUGUUUAUCUCCUCAGAAACACUCCUGCAAUAUUGUUAUAUUGGAUCAUGCUGCUAAUGUAACUUGGGAUACAACUCCUCUCAUGGUGCUACAAACCUCCCUGUCUCAUUCAGAUGUAUUUUUACCCAUAGAAAAAAGGACUAUACUAGACCUAUAGUUGUAUGAUAUAUUUUUAUACUGUGACUUAAUUUGUCAUUAAUGAACUUUGUGCAACACCACAAUGUAUUCAUAUGCACUUGCAAAAGUAAAAUUUUGGACAUGCAAAUUUAAACGCUGACAAGCCCAGCUCUUGUUCACAAACAUAGGUGACUGCUAGUUAAACUCAAAUGUGGGCUUUUUAUAUGGUGUGGAGUGAAGAACAUACUAUAUAUUACUAAAAGCCUUUGAAUUUAGACAAUAACUGGGGAAAGCAUAUUGGGGAAUGAUGACACACCCAAACCUGACUUGGAUUGCUGAAAUUAUAUUUUUAGCUAGUGGAAAAAUUGUUCGGACUUUAUGUUUUAAUGAUAAAAGUUUUGAGUCAAAAAUAGAGAAAGAAAAAAAAAAAGAACACAGAAAACCCUGCAUUCCAGACUGAAUUUGUAUAUGUUUCUUGCAUUUAAAAUUUGCUAUCCUGUGAUAUGGGAAAUUGAGUUGCUUAUCAUGUAUAUGUACUUUAAAAUGUAUUCACAAACUACUGUUGUAUUUGUAUAAAAUAUAGACAAAAAGAUUGCAUAUAUAUUUUUGUGUAUAAGCUCUGUAAAAUAGCAAUCACAUUAUGAAGCUGCAGCAGAACUUCAUUUUAAACAUUCACAUCCAAAGAAACAGACUAUUUAUUGUCCACAUACCCUGAUUAUAAAAUAUACCUUGCUGCUAUUAAACAAUAGUGCUGCAGCUUCUUGUGGCCUACAGUGUUAUGUUUGCUGUACAAAAAUAUGUGAACUCCACAAAAUAUAUCAAUAAAAUUACAGAAUGGUUUUAGUUAAUGAA